AUGAAUUCUCCAUUCAAAUGCAGUUAUUGUUAUAAAGGAUUCGUCGAUGUCAGGGCUUAUGACAACCAUAAGAUGAAACAUGACGUGCGCAGCGGUCCUCAUAUAUGUGACAUCUGUCAGAUGAGAUACCGUUCCGUUCAACUCCUGCGCACGCACGCCAAUAAUGCACACGUCAGGAUAUAUAAGUGUAAUAAAUGUGGAUAUGUGUCGCAUACUGGAAAUCAAGCUCGGAUUCAUGAGAAAUGGCAUAACGGACACACGUACGAGUGUCAGCUAUGCAGUCAUACUUUCAGGAAACCGACCUCCUAUCUUUCACACAUGAGGAAGCGUCACCCUACGGAACAUGUCUGCAAUAUUUGCGGAGACAGCUUCGUCGGCAAACAUGGACUGCAGAUGCAUAAGAAGAAAACACAUUUGGAUUGCGAAAAGAUGAUAGAUCCAGAUAAUCCCGACGAUCCAGCCACAGGGAGAUUCUGUAAAGAGUGCAAUAUACAGUUCUAUAACUUGGACGCUUGGAAACGACAUAUUUUGAGCUCUAUCAAACAUACGCUGAAGACUGAAGAAAGCUCAAACUGCUCAAUCUGUCAAUGGAAGUAUACGGGUAACUUGACUUUGGAGACUCAUAUGAAGGAUCAUGCGAAGGCAAUGAGGAGGGCGCGCAUACCUCCUACUGGGAGUAAGGAGAGAAAUUUUAGAUGUCAACAGUGUGGUUCAAAUUUCGUGACGCGCUCGAAGCUACAGAGCCAUAUAAACAGGACUCAUUUGGGACUUAAAUACAAUAAGAAUAUCGUAUGCGAAGUAUGUGGAAAGAAAUGUACGUCAAACGCAACGCUCAAAUAUCACCAGCGGACGCACACUGGCGAGAAACCGUACUCCUGCGCGUCAUGCUCAAAGCAUUUCGUAGAUAGUAACCAACUCCGCAUACACACACGGACACAUACCGGCGAGAAACCAUAUGUAUGCGCCGUUUGUGGGAAGCGGUUCAGUCAGAAACCGGCUUUAAAUCGACACUAUAGGGUACACACUGGCGCGAAACCCUACACCUGUCAAUAUUGCUCUCGGACAUUCAGCCAAUCAAAUUCGUUAAAACUUCACGUCAAAACUGUACAUUUAAAACAGCCGGCGAACAGAAAGAGUAAAACUAAGACAUUUUUUGAAACGAAAAUUGAGAAGAACACUGAAAAUCAUGAAAAUUCAGAAGAAUUACAGAUUGAUGGGAGUUUGCAGGCAAUACGAGUUUUUACACGAUGA